AUGUCGACUCACGAUGGAAAAGGAGGGAAGAUUCCAACCGUGUCGGAUUUCGUGGAGAAAUUCACCGAGAAAACCUCCGAGCAGAUGAAGAGUUCUUUCAUCAUCGCGAAAUUCGCUCGAGUGUUGUACGGGAAGAAGUGCGACCAAUCCAUCGCGGGCACGUGGACGCAAGUGUCUCGCGUUCCAUCCUCGACGACGACUGUUUCUGACGAAGAUGAAAAAACGACGGACUCGCUGUGCCCGUUGUUAUCUGGUUUAGGCGCGCCCGCGUUCGUGUGCGGCAUCGUGGACCGGUUGACGACAACCUUGACUAUUUCGUGCACAGACGAUUACACGUUACGGGUGGUUGAUAAAACACCUCUUACGAAAGAAAACGUCACGGAAACUGGUCUGAGAGGCAUCGGGAAAGAAGAGACGAGAUGCAAGACGAAAGGCGGGAGGAAAGAGUACAUGCUCUCCGGAGACGUGAAAAUGGACGGGACGAACCAGUUCGCGUGCAGAUUGAUAUCUCGAGGAGAUGGAUGGUGGACGAUAUCCGAACGCUCGUUGACGGACGAAAGCGGGAAGUAUUUGCGCGAGAGGAACAUAUUGCGAGCGCCGGGGAAGAAAGACGUCGUCGUCGAUCGAUAUUUCGAAAGAAGUAAGUAG